AUCCUGACGGAGACGUUCAAAUGACUGAUCUUGGAGCUGAAAAUCAAUUCCAAGAAUUAUUAAAAAAUGCGCAAGAUAAAUUUGAGAGCCUGAACGGAAAUGUUCAAAACUUGCUUGAUGAAAAUAAGAAAUUCCAAAAUCAGUUGACAGAAAUAAAAGAUGAAUUAAGGAUACUGAAAGGGUCCUCAUCAGAACCUUCGUGCAAUGUUGAAGGUGAACUUCGAAAUAUUAAGGAUUUUAUAACUACGCAAAUAAAGGAAAGUGUCGAAAAUCAAUAUAAGGAAUUUUACAUCCUAUUCAAAGAAUUGAAGAACCAGAAUAGCACCCCUUUAAAUGAACUUAGAAAUAUUAUUGAGAAUGAAUUUCAAAAUGUCAAAGAUAAAUUAAAUCCCAGUGUAGGUGAGCAGGAUAAAGAAACAGAAUUAGAUCGAUUGCGAAAAGAAAAUAUGGGACUAAAGAAAUUGAAUAAUAAAUUGAAAGAAGAAAACUCGGAAUACCAGGUUAAAAUAGGUGGUGCGACUAGAUAUCGAUUUGCUGACGAUGAUCAAAAUAACUCUGUUCAUUUAAACAAGGACAUUAGUGAUCUGUACGAUAGAGUUUCUAAGUUUGUUACUCAUUUGAAAAAGGAUGUCCAAAUACAUUCAGAUAAUGUUUCAAAUCUCUUUCGCCGCUAUAAGUGUACUAAAGACACCAAUGAAGAAGGUCCGCAACUCGAAAAGGAGGUUUUAAAACGUUUAGUAAUUGAUACAAUUAUUCAAACAUUCGAUGAAUGUUUAAACUCCGAAAACUCCUGUUUUGAAAAGGAAAUAAUGAAUGACUUAAAACCGUUAUUAGACAAAUCAUUAACUAAUACAAAAUCAGGUAGCAACGACAUUAAGAAAUCAAUUUUAAUAAAAAUACGACUACAGGCCUAUGCUAUUCUCGGGAGCUUGGCAUUUACAGAACCAGAACAUCAGUUUAUAAAUCAUUGCAAAACGCGACUUAUUAACACCAUGGACCAAUAUCGCACUAUUACUAAUGAAUCUAGGAGAAAGGAAAUUGAAGAUCAAGCUUCAGCCCUUGUUCGUGAUGUUAUCA